AAAUUUCCAGAAGCCCUUUGGUAAUCUAUAAAAUCGGUCUGCAGAAAGCACGUGGCGGGAAGUACAGCGAAAAAGACAGUGCACCACACAACUUGUAGUUGUAAAAGAAGCUAAAGCUGAGUGAAAGUGAGAUUGAUUGUUUCUUUACCGUAGGAAAAGCCAAAAAACUCAUCAAAGAUGCCGGAAGCACCAGAAGCCGAGACCUUUGCAUUCCAGGCUGAGAUUGCUCAGCUUAUGUCACUGAUCAUUAACACGUUCUACUCGAACAAGGAAAUCUUCCUGCGUGAGUUGAUCUCGAAUUCGUCCGAUGCGCUGGACAAGAUCCGAUAUGAGUCGCUGACGGAUCCCUCGAAGCUGGAAUCGGGCAAGGAGCUGUUCAUCAAGAUCAUCCCGAACAAAGAAGCCGGCACGUUGACGCUGAUCGAUACCGGUAUCGGCAUGACGAAGGCCGACCUUGUGAACAACCUUGGUACGAUUGCCAAGUCGGGCACGAAGGCGUUCAUGGAGGCGCUGCAGGCUGGCGCGGACAUCAGCAUGAUCGGUCAGUUCGGUGUCGGUUUCUACUCGGCGUACCUGGUCGCUGAUAAGGUGGUGGUGACAUCAAAGAACAACGACGACGAACAGUACGUGUGGGAAUCAUCGGCUGGCGGAUCGUUCACGGUGCGUUCAGAUUCCAGUGAGCCACUCGGUCGCGGUACUAAGAUCGUGCUGCACAUCAAGGAGGAUCAGCUGGAGUAUCUGGAGGAGAGCAAGGUGAAACAGAUUGUGAACAAACAUUCCCAGUUCAUCGGCUACCCGAUUAAGCUGCUCGUGGAGAAGGAGCGCGAGAAGGAGGUGAGCGACGAUGAGGCCGAGGAGGAGAAGAAAGAAGAGGACAAGAAGGAUGAGGAACCAAAGCUGGAGGACGCCGAGGAAGAAGAUAAGAAGGAAAAGAAGAAAAAGACUGUGAAGGUGAAGUACACCGAGGACGAGGAGCUGAACAAGACGAAGCCCAUCUGGACGCGCAAUGCGGACGACAUCUCGCAGGAGGAGUAUGGCGAGUUUUACAAAUCCCUGACCAACGACUGGGAAGAUCAUCUGGCGGUGAAGCACUUCUCGGUUGAGGGCCAGCUGGACUUCCGGGCACUGCUGUUCGUGCCCCGUCGUAUGCCGUUCGAUCUGUUCGAGAACAAGAAGAAGAAGAACAACAUCAAGCUGUACGUGCGCCGCGUGUUCAUCAUGGAUAACUGCGAGGAGCUGAUUCCGGAUUAUCUGAACUUCAUCAAGGGAGUGGUCGAUUCGGAGGAUCUGCCACUGAACAUUUCCCGCGAGAUGCUGCAGCAGAACAAGAUCCUGAAGGUGAUUCGCAAGAACCUGGUGAAGAAGUGUCUGGAGCUGUUUGAGGAGCUGGCCGAGGAUAAGGAGACGUACAAGAAGUUCUACGAUCAGUUCAGCAAGAACCUGAAGCUGGGUGUGCAUGAGGACAGCCAGAACCGUCAGAAGCUGGCCGAUCUGUUGCGUUUCAACACGUCAGCUUCUGGGGACGAGUUCAGCUCGCUGGCUGAUUACGUUGGCCGCAUGAAGGAGAACCAGUCACAAGUGUACUACAUUACGGGUGAGAGCAUCGAGCAGGUGAAGAACUCGGCGUUUGUAGAGCGUGUGAAGAAGCGUGGCUUCGAGGUUAUUUAUAUGACGGAACCCAUCGAUGAGUACGUUACGCAGCAGCUGAAGGAGUACAAGGGCAAGCAGCUGGUUAGUGUGACGAAGGAAGGGCUCGAGCUGCCAGAAGAUGAGUCUGAGAAGAAGAAGCGCGAAGAGGACAAGACCAAGUUCGAGAACUUGUGCAAGGUGAUGAAGUCGGUGUUGGAGAGCAAGGUGGAGAAGGUGGUGGUAUCGAACCGAUUGGUAGACUCGCCCUGCUGUAUCGUAACGUCGCAGUACGGUUGGUCGGCCAACAUGGAACGCAUCAUGAAGGCACAGGCGCUGCGUGACUCAUCUUCCAUGGGCUACAUGGCGGGCAAGAAGCAUAUGGAGAUCAAUCCUGAUCAUGCUAUCGUCGAGACGCUGCGACAGCGAGCGGAUGCGGACAAGAACGAUAAGGCAGUGAAGGAUCUUGUUAUUUUGUUGUUCGAGACGGCGCUUCUUUCGUCGGGCUUCUCGCUGGACGAACCUGGAAACCACGCGUCCCGCAUCUACCGCAUGAUCAAGCUGGGUCUGGGUAUCGACGACGACGAGCCAAUGACGGCAGAAGAGAGCAGCAGUGCUGCACCGACCUCUGGAGAUGCACCACCGCUGGUCGAUGAUUCGGAGGAUUUGUCGCACAUGGAGGAAGUCGAUUAAAUAAGCAGCAUUGUGUAGAUACCCCUGUUUACUGCCAGAGUCUGAGCUAGUUAAGUAAAACUAUCAUCAAAGAUAAUUCGGUUACGCUAGUUAGUUUUUGAAAGAUUAGCUUCACUAUCGUUUAACUCGAACUCGUUUUUAUCGAACAGAAGCGAAUCAGGUGUACGUUGGUACGUAAUGUUAACUUUAUUACAAGUGACCAUUCACUGUGUACCUACCGUGUGUACAGUGGAAAUUCUUUGAAGGAAUUUAAAUUUCAAGUCUCACUAAGUACUUUCACAUUUAACCUGAUUACCCUAACUUUUCCAGAUGUUGGCUUACUAGAAAUCAGCUCGGUUGUUAUAUUCAUUUAGGAAUCUUACAUUGUUAACAAUAGUAUUUACUGGUCAGGUUAUGGUAAAAUGAAUACUGCUUAUCCGCGUUCUAGCGGAAAAUUUUGUGUGAAGAAUACAUUGAGAGGUUUA